AUGGAUUUGAACUUCCGUAGUAUCCAUUCACGGUUGUUCAAUUCCACAUGGAUUUGUCUGUCUGACAUGGACGAUUUGGGCAUUCCAAGUAGAUUGUUCGCCACAGGGUUUGAACCCAGAGGAAAGAGAAGGGUGAACAACUAUUUCAACCUCCGUUGGAUAGAAGUGAUAAAGGGUGCAUUAGAAGAAGAGGAUCUUGCACUGUUGAAUGCUUCUCAGUUUGGUCAAGUAAUGCGGAUGGGGUCCCAUAUGUUUUCUGUUAUGUUCCUCCCCUUCCUUUAUAUGGAAUAG